UACGUCACAGCCACGACAAGGAGCGGCGCUACAGCGUACUUCCUCAACUCAACAGGUCCAAGCUGGGAGGAAGCCGUGUCGCUAUCGCAAUUGUAAUCGUGACAAUCUUUCUUCGUUCUUUUUAUUUGUUUUCGUUAGAGAACAGGCUACCAGCCAUAAAGAAACAAAGGCCGUUCACCUAAAGAAUGACUCAGUGUUUCAGUGGAUUGUUAUUAUGCUUCGCACUGAUAUUAAUUCAGAGAUUUUCCGAGUGCGUCGACGAGCACUGCCUAGAUAAAUUCAAGAAAGGGAAAAAAGACUUUUUCGUGGAUGUAACAGAUUCGGUUAAGAACGGGGCCACCUUCAUCGACUCCCCAUCCGUGGAGCACGCCGAAGAUUGUGCGCAAGCUUGCUGCAAAUAUGGCACCUGUAACCUGGCCAUGUUGGAGCAGAAUGUGGAGGGAGACGCCGUGAAAAGCUGCUAUCUUUUCGACUGUUUGUACGCAAACAGACAUGUUUGCACGUUUGUAAAACGUACGGGAUUCAACAGUUACAUCUUAAAGAGUGUCUUCGAUAACUACCUGGACGGCCACCCAAAAACUCCAAGAAAAGAUGACCGGCCUCCUGUGGCCGACGCUGGAGAGGACAUGAUUGUUCAACCGACGACCGAUGUGUUUCUGAACGGCUUCCAGAGCCGAGAUGAUCACAAGAUCGUUAGUUAUAAGUGGACCUUGUUAAGUGGGAACGAAACGGUCACUCUGGAGAAAACGCAGCUGGUGGACCAGAUGAAGCUCUCCAACCUGCAUCCGGGCGAGUACGUGUUCCAGCUGACAGUCACAGAUUCCAAGGACCAGUCAGACUCUGCCGAGGUCACUGUACGGGUCCUGUCUCACAAGGAAACAGCACGGUACUGUCUCGUCCCCAAUAAGGUCGGACCCUGCCGGGCCUACUUCCCCCGCUGGUAUUACAACAUCUCCUCGCAAAUGUGCGAGAGCUUCGUGUACGGAGGGUGCAAGGGCAACCUGAAUAAUUACCUCACCCAGUCGGAGUGUAACAACACCUGCACAGGCGUGUCCGAAGUGUCUACUCCUGCCAGUAGGGGGUUCCAUCCGCCUGAAACCAAAGCCCCUGUAUGUGGCCAACCCUGCGGAGCGCAGUGUUUCCCCUGCACCGACGGCUGCUGUGUGGAUGCUGAGCUGGAGUGUGACGGUUUGAGUCAGUGCCACGAUGGCAGUGAUGAAGCGUCCUGUCAGCACUUAAACACAACAUUAAAUCACCUGCUGAAUAUCCCUGUGGAUAAACUGGAAGUGCGCUGCACGGUACCUCCGGAGACUGGGCCUUGCCGGGCUUACAUGACCCGUUUCUUCUAUAACCCAAUCCACCGGAAGUGUUUCGAGUUCAUCUACGGUGGCUGCGGAAAUUUCCCAAACAAUUUUGACGUAGAGAGCACUUGCCUGGACACCUGCAAAUCCAUCACAGAGGAAGACGUCUUCUUGCGGGGAAUUUUUGAGCGCUCCAAGGAGGAAAAAAGCCAUUCUGUUGGUGUUGUUAUCGGCCUUCUGCUGGGUGGAAUCAUGGCGGUGCUGUUGGCGGUCCUGGUGUACCGCGCCCUCAAGACCAAGAAGGAGGAGGUGCAUCACCAACGUGUGCCUGUUGACCCCACCCCCGUGCCUGUCCCGGACGAUGCAGAACACCUGGUCUACAACACGACUACCAAGCCCCUCUGAGUGUGUAGACUCUCCCUCCCCCCCAUAGAAACACUCUCCUACACUUAUCAUUCUCUGUGAGCUAUAUUGGUGAACAUACAUUUUACUUGGCAGUUCAUUUCCUAGGAGUGCAUGUGACUCAGUUUUACAGUCCAGUUUAUGUAUUAUGCACUGCUAGGAUUUAUUGUUACAUGUUUUGUUUUUUUGAGGGGGGGGGGGGGGGGCGUGGGAGUUGAGUUGGUGUUUUGUGAGAUGUUGGUCUCAGAGUAAGGGGAUUUUCAGCCAAAAUCCUGAGGAUGUUCCUGUUGCUUUUUGUUUGGUCACAGAAAGACUUCCUUCUACCUUCACUGAUAUGAGAUGUAUUUAUUUUGAAAUUUACGCUGGGAGGACACUUGCCCCCCCCCCAUUAUGCAGUACUGCCUCUAGCGCGGCUGACGAGGGACGGAGUUUUUACUAGACUAAUGGUACACAGAGAGUGACUGUUUACAGUGGCUGUUUGGUUGAAAGAAGAUAUGCAUGUUUGAGUCCAUGUACAUAUUUGCAGGGAUGGGGAAGAUGGUGUUUAGAAUAUAAUUUGGAGGAUAGAAUUUUAACACUAACAAAAAUAAAUGUAUUUUUAUUAAUAUUGUUUGAAGAGAAACUGUUUUACCAAUUUUAACAUAUUUUCAGAUGCUUACAAUAUCCCCUAUGCUUAUAAAUAAUCUGUAUAAAUGAUUUGUGAAACAUCCCCGUAAACCAAUUUCUGUCUAAAUAUAUGCAAAUGAAAAGUGGAUGACUUGAGCUUCAGUCAGAAUUCACUUCUCAGUCUUGUAGAUGUUUUUAUUACCUUAUGUAUGUAUAUACCUAUCCAUGUAUAUACGUAUUCAUAUACCUUAAGGUUGAAUGUCUUCUUGCCUCACAUUUGUAGGAAUAAUAGUAGGAUUAUCUUUUAUGUGUGUGUGUGUUUUUUUUAAUAAACACUCGUAAGAAAUUUU